AUGUCACCACCGGAAGUUCUAACGUCGGAAAGUCAAAAUCAGCCGUCGGGAAGUCAAAGUCAACCGUCGGGAAGUCAAUUGUCAGGAACUAUCGACAGUCAAGAUGUGUUCCGGCUCAUUCUCCAGCAAAACCAGCAGAUGGCGGAACAAAAUGCGCGUCUUAUGGCCAUGAUGGAUCGUUUAAACACUCAAGAAGCACAAGUCAGAGCCAAGCAGAUAAGCAGUCCCGAAUUUAUAAUCGAGUCUCUAGCGUCCAACAUCCGAGAGUUUUGCUACGACCCCGACAAUGGCAUGGUAUUCGACCGGUGGUAUCAAAAAUAUGAAGACCUUUUCCUGAAGGAUGGCGAAAAUCUGGACGAUGCAGCAAAGGUUCGUCUCCUGUUAAGAAGCCUCAGCGUAAGCGUACACGACAAGUACGUGAACUUUCUGUUGCCGAAGCAUUAUCGUGAGUACUCGUUUGCGGACACCGUUUCCAAGUUGAAGCAGCUGUUUGGAAUGAGGACUACCUUAUUCAGCAAGCGAUAUCAAUGUUUCCAACUGUCAAAGAAAUCUGAGGAGGACUUCGUAACCUACGCAGCGACAGUGAACAAGCGAUGUGAGGAUUUUGAGUUGAACCGUAUCACAGCCGAUCAAUUCAAAUCUCUCAUUUUCAUAUGUGGGCUGCGAUCUUCAAAAGAAGCUGACAUCAGGACCAGAUUACUCUCCAAGCUAGAAUCGGAUGGCGAAUGCAAACUUGAUACCCUCAUCAACGAAUGCCAAUGGUUACAGAAUUUGAAGCACGAUACCGCUCUGAUCGAGCAGAAGUCAUCGAUAUCAGCCUCUGUCUGUGCAGUCAAUCAGAAGAAGUAUCAAUCGAAACCAUCUGCUCAAGCUCAUCAGUCAAAGGACAGCAAGAAUUCUAGUAUUCCGAAGACACCAUGCUGGCAGUGUGGUGGCAUGCACUUUGUUCGUGAAUGCCCUUUUGCAAAUCACACCUGCAAAUCCUGUAACAAAGUUGGGCAUAAGGAAGGCUACUGCAGCUGCAUUUCUGUUAAGCCCAAUACCGGAGGCAAGGAAUUCAAAAACAAAAAGAAGUCGACCGUCAACGGUGUUUUUGAAGUCAACCAGGUGAACAGCGAAGUCCGGCGAAAGUUCAUAACAGUCAUCAUUUGCGGUGUGAAAAUCAAGCUUCAAUUCGACACAGCAUCGGAUAUUUCCAUCAUAUCAAAGGAAACUUGGAAAAACCUUGGAUCUCCGGAACUGAAGCCAUCUAAAAGCGAAGCAAAAACGACAUCUGGUAAACCUCUGCAUUUAAUCGGUGAACUUGCGUGUUCCAUCACUCUGGGAGGUGUCAUCAAAGACGGCACUUGCUUCGUGACCACUCAUCCCAGUCUCAAUUUGUUCGGCCUUGACUGGAUUGAACUCUUCAAACUAUGGUCACAGCCUCUCUCAGCGAUCUGCAACCAGGUACGUUCUAUGCAUAGUCCGAUCCAGUUCUACAAGACAGCCUUUCCAAACGUGUUUAAGGAGACUCUCGGACAUUGCAAGAAGACAAAAGUAAAGUUGAACCUCAAGCAAGAAGCACGUUCCGUAUUCAAACCGAAACGUCCUGUUCCUUUUACAUCUGUAGCGAAGGUUGAUGCCGAGUUGGAUCGCCUGGAGCAGUUGGACAUCAUCACACCUGUCGAUUUUUCCCAAUGGGCUGCGCCAAUCGUUACUGUAAGGAAGCCUAACGGAAAAAUACGCAUCUGUGCCGAUUAUUCGACCGUAUUGAACGCUGCAUUGGAAGCUAACAACUAUCCGUUGCCAGUUCCGGACGACAUCUUCACGAAGCUGAACGGAUGCAAGUUUUUCAGUAUCAUCGAUCUUUCGGACGCUUACCUUCAAGUUGAAGUGGACGACGAUUCAAAAGAACUUCUAACCAUCAACACACAUAGAGGACUCUAUCGUUUCAACAGAUUGGCACCUGGUGUGAAGUCUGCCCCCGGCGCUUUUCAGCAGCUCAUGAAUGGUAUGAUAGCAGAUCUGCAAGGUGUUGAAUCUUUCCUGGAUGACAUCAUAGUGUUUAGCAAAACUGAAAUGGAGCAUCAUCAACGUCUGGAAGCUCUUUUCAAACGAUUGGAAGAGUACGGAUUUCAUCUUCGUGAAGAAAAAUGUAGUAUUUUUCAACAAGAAAUCAAAUAUCUGGGCCACAUCGUGGAUAAAAACGGUCUACGCCCGAAUCCAGCGAAGAUUGAAGCAAUCGUCAAGAUGCCUGCGCCAACCGAUAUCAGCAGUCUGCGGUCUUUUCUUGGCGCUGUUAAUUUUUACGGAAAAUUCGUGAAGAAAAUGCACCAGCUACGACGCCCUCUCGAUGCGCUUCUGAAGAAGGAUGUCCAGUUCAAUUGGUCUUCAAUUUGUCAGCAGUCGUUUGAGAAAAUCAAGGAAGUUCUUCAAUCUGGUCUACUGCUUACUCAUUACGACCCGAAGUUGGAGAUCAUCAUCGCUGCAGACGCAUCAAAAUCUGGUAUCGGAGCAGUGGCUAUGCAUCGUUUUCCUGAUGGCAGCUUGAAAGCAAUAGCUCAUGCUUCCCGCACACUGACUCAAGCUGAAGUUGGUUACAGUCAAAUCGAAAAGGAAGGCCUAGCAUUGAUUUUUGCAGUUACCAAAUUCCAUCGAAUGAUCCUUGGCAGGAAAUUCACGCUUCAAACCGACCAUCAACCUUUACUGCGAAUGUUUGGAUCAAAGAAAGGAAUUCCUUUGCAUACCGCAAACCGCUUGCAACGAUGGGCGCUAACUCUAUUGUGCUACGACUUCGAGAUUGAGUACGUUUCUACAACCCAGUUUGGCUACGCUGAUAUGCUGUCGCGCCUCAUCAACCAUUACACGAAAUCAGACGAAGACUUCAUCAUUGCUGCAAUUCAGUUUGAAAAAGAUAUCGAGGUGCCGUUGGACGAAGCAGUCGGUAUUCUGCCUAUAACAUUCAAGAUGGUGCUGAAAAAUACAUCCAAGUGUCCAGUUUUACAGAAGGUGAUCAGCUUCAUCCAGCAAGGUUGGCCAUCAAACAAAAGCAGCAUUGAAGAUGAGAAAAUUCGCCAAUUUUUUCCGUACCGAGAAGCUUUAUCUGUUGUCAAGGGAUGUAUCAUGAUGGCGGAUCGAUUAAUAAUACCGUUCAACUUCCAUCGCCGCAUUCUGAAGCGACUUCAUCGUGGUCAUCCCGGUAUUGAGAGAAUGAAGUCUAUCGCUCGAAGUCAUGUGUUUUGGCCGAAAAUAGACAACGCUAUUGAAGAUUUCGUCAAACAGUGCAACAGUUGUGCAGCUCAAUCAAAGUCGCAGAGAAAGGUUCCGCUACAGUCAUGGCCCCUGACCGUUCAUCCCUGGGAACGAAUUCAUAUGGAUUUCGCUGGACCGUUCUUUGGCCAAUAUUUCCUGGUUGUCGUCGACGCACAUUCCAAAUGGCCUGAAGUGAAGAUCGUUCAAUCCCCAACAACAUCGAGUGUCACUGAAUUUUUGGACGAAUUAUUUUCACGAUUUGGAGUUCCUACUACUGUGGUAUCGGGCAACGGAUCGCAGUUACCUCGGAGCUAUUUGCCGUGUUCUGCAAAGCAAACGGAAUCCAGCACCUCAAAACAGCACCGUACCAUCCACAGUCCAAUGACCAGGCGGAGAGAUUCGUUGACACGUUGA